ACCUUAACAAGUUGCCGCUGCCAGCGUUACCUCUCUCUCUCUCUCUCUCCACUCUUUUCUGUGCUUCAGUUUCUCUUGGGAGGUUUAGAGGCAAAGCAAAGUUGAAAUGGCGGCGAGCAUCGGAAUCAUGGACAGUGCAUACUUCGUCGGGAGAAACGAGAUUCUGACUUGGAUCAACGAUCGCCUUCACCUCAAUCUCUCUCGCGUCGAAGAGGUUAAUUUUGAUGCCAAGAACGAAUACGAUAUGAUUCAAAACUACAAGGUCCUGCAAGAUGUGUUCAACAAGCUCCAAAUCACAAAGCCAUUGGAGAUUAACAGGCUUGUCAAAGGCAGACCACUGGAUAACUUGGAGUUUCUGCAAUGGUUGAAACGUUUCUGCGAUUCCACUAACGGUGGCAUUAUGAACGAGAACUAUAAUCCGGUGGAACGAAGAUCAAAAGGUGGCAGAGAGAGGAGUGUAAAGGGCUCUAAUAAGAUGCCAAAGUCACUGCAAACAAACAAUACUCCACCAAAUUCCAGUUCGGUUGGUCUAACCAAAGCCUCAGGGCCCAAGCCAGCAAAUACAGCUCAAGUGCAGGCUUUGUCGAAGGAGCUUACUGAUCUCAAGCUCUCUUACGAUCACUUGGGAAAAGAAAGAGACUUUUACUUCUCCAAGCUCAGGGAUGUUGAGUUACUUUGCCAAACUCCUGAACUCGAGGAUCUUCCGAUAGUGGUAGCAGUGAAGAAGAUAUUGUAUGCAACAGAUGCAAACGAAUCUGCACUAGAAGACGCUCAAGAGUACUUAAACCAGUCCUUGGGUGUGAAAGCUGAAGUUGAAGAAAACGGAGAACAAGAAGAUUACUAAUAAUCCUAAGUAGAAACAUUUCCGAAUCAGUUUUUUUUUUUUCUUUUCUUCUGGAGUGUGGAACAAUGGCUGGCCAUGGGCCUUCUCUUCAAAGUUUUCCUUUGUUUAAAGGGAACAUGCAGAAACUUGAAGAUGAAUGAGCUUCUGUUAGAACUAUUGAGACUUGGUUUUAGUUUGAGAACA